AUGAAGAAAUCUAAGGCACGUGCACCAGAUUCUUCUCCAGUUGCAUUGCCUCCGGCUUCUUCUUCAGGUAGUGAUUCAAACAUCGUGUCUCCUCCUCCUCCUCCUAACGAUACAACAAAUCCUGAUGCCCCUCCUCCUACUAAUGAUACAACUGCCCCUCCUCCCAAUAGUUCAAGCUCUUCAGCUCCACCUCCACAAUCCCCACCUUCCCCUGCAGUUCCUGAUGCCUCUCCUCCACCCCUCCCUCAAUCACCACCAGCCCCAUUGUUGACACCUCCCCCCUCUUCUCCAGUAUCACCUCCGCCUAUCCCACCACCUGCUAAUCCUCCUCCGAAUUCUAUUACAUCACCUCCUCCACAAGAAUCCCCGCCCCCUCCUGUGAAAACGCUGCCACCCCCUCCAGCUGUUUCUGAGCCCCCUCCUCCUCUGGUUGGAGUGCCGCCACCUCCUUCCUUAGUUCCUCCACCUCCCUCCAAUUUAAUGCCACCAGAAAGUGCUCCCGCAGCCCCUGCAUUGUCUCCCCCUCCAGUUUCAGCGGUGUCUACUCCUCCGCCUCCCAACACCACAUCUCCUUUGCCUCCUCCGCACUAUCCUCCUCCGCCUCCACAAAAUAAUACAUCUCUGGGUCAAGCUCCAUCUAGCACACCUUUACCAGCAAUUCCCACUGAGAAACCCACAGCAAGGUCUACUACAUCCACUCCAAAUAUCACUGCAGGCACAACAUCAGCAGCUGGUGGAGGCAUGAAAGGAGGAGCUUACGCUGCAAUCGGAGUUGUGGGCUUUCUAGCACUUACUAUUGUUUUGAUUGGUGCCUGGUUUGUUCAAAAACGGAAGAAAAAGAAUACUGCCUUGAAUCUUCAGUACAUGCCCUCUCCAUUUGCAUCCUCUCAAAAUUCAGGUUCAGCAUUUUUGAGGAAUCAACAUUCAGUUCAUCAUUCACUUAACCUAUCUGGAAAUGCCUCAGAGAGCAAUUUCAUUUAUUCUCCAGAGGCUGGGGGCUUAGGAAAUUCCAGAUCAUGGUUCACGUACGAGGAGGUAGCCGCAGCAACAGAAGGGUUUUCACAAAAAAACCUUUUGGGUGAAGGUGGGUUUGGUUGUGUGUAUAAGGGAGUGUUGGCUGAUGGUAGAGUGGUAGCUGUUAAAAGGCUAAAAGCAGGGGGAGGGCAAGGAGAGCGUGAGUUCAAAGCAGAAAUGGAGGUUAUCAGCCGGAUACAUCACAGGCAUUUAGUUUCCCUUGUUGGAUACUGUUUCUCCGAUGUUCAAAGAAUACUUGUGUGUGAUUUUGUAGCAAAUAACACGCUUCACUUCCAUCUGCAUGAGGAAGAUAGACCAGUUAUGAGUUGGGAAGCUCGAAUGAGAGUUGCAGUUGGUGCUGCUCGCGGAAUCGCUUAUUUGCAUGAGGAUUGUAUUCCCCGAAUUAUUCACCGUGAUAUCAAAUCUGCAAACAUCCUGCUGGAUGAUAAUUUUGAAGCAAAGGUUGCUGAUUUUGGGCUCGCAAAGUUGGCAAUGGAAUUGGAGGCGCGCACACAUGUAUCAACACGUGUAAUGGGAACCUUUGGAUACAUGGCUCCAGAGUAUGCAACAUCUGGCAAAUUGACUGAAAAAUCAGAUGUAUUUUCAUUUGGGGUUGUGCUUUUGGAGCUUAUAACUGGUCGGAAGCCUGUUGAUGCAUCUCUCCCUUUAGGCGAGGAAAGCCUGGUUGAAUGGGGUCGGCCACUGCUUAGUCAGGCUCUUGAGAAUGAAAAUUUUGAAGAGCUGGUAGAUCAACGUCUUGGAAACAACUUUGAAAAAACUGAGAUGUUCCGGAUGAUAGAAGCAGCUGCAGCUUGUGUCCGACAUUCCGCUUCAAAGAGGCCACGAAUGAGUCAGGUAGUCAGAGCUCUAGAAUCCAUCAGUGAGGUCGGAGAUAUCAUGAAUGGAAUGAAAGCUGGCCAAAGCCGUAUCUAUGAUUCCAGAGAACAGUCUGCGCAAAUUAGAAUGUUUCAGCGAAUGGCGUUUGGAAGUCAAGACUACAGUUCAUCAGAGUUUGGUGGUGAUUCUCGCAGCAACUGGAGUGGCUACUGA